AUCGCUCACCUAAACAAACAGUUUCUGUUUCUCUAGUUUCGUCUUCUCUGAAACCAUCGUCUCUAGAGUGAAGAAGAAGAAGAAGAGAAGGUAAUCGGCAAUGGUGACCUAAUCUUGGAGGGCUUAAUUAGGUCACAACUAAUGGCAUCGCAGAAGAAUCAAACUGCCGCAUGACCGUAAAGAGAUGAUUUUGCAAUGAUUUUGGCCUUCUCCAAUACCCCUUUAAUAACAUCUAUAGCUUCAAUUUUCUCUAAUAUUAGUGCAAUGCAAUGAAAUCACUGCACUCACUGACCAAAAGAAUUUUCUGUGUUUUUCCAUAAAUACCUUACCUGCAACCUCCAUCCAGACAGAUGCAGGAUAUGUAACCCGAUUUGUACCACAUUCAGAACCCUAACCUCCCCUAUGAACUUCAUCCAAGAAACAACUGUAAGGUCCUCAUCAACCAUUCCAGUAUAGGCUGAAAUAUCAAAUGACCGAAGAUAAAUAGGUCCUUGCGGUCAAUCAAUCCACUACAACAUUGAUCAGGUCUCGACCCUUCCCAUUGAUCCAUCCGUCCAGUAUAACGCUGCAUCCGGUGUUUUUUUUCAUGAAUCUCUGAUCUCUUUCUCAUACUGUUGCAUCUCUUUUACUUCUCCCGCGAGGAUCCACCCUUUCAACCCCUGAAAUGGGUAUCUUAAAUCCAGCUUCACCACAAGUUAGUGUCGCAUCAUUUUCUGGAAGCUAAGAGAUUUCACAACACUAAAAUCAAUGCCAGAUUCAUACAAAAAUCUAGCAAUGCAUUUUUGAGCUUCCCGUGACAACAGACUUUCUAUUACAUUGGUGGCUGCUAGGAAACCUAUUCUUCCCCUUGAAAAAGAAACAGAUGCCCUCUCACUCUUUCGACCCAUGCCCUUCCCUUCGAUUUGCAGUCAAGAGGACGAGAAAAGAGAUCGCUUAUGUUAUUUCGAUCUAUCAUUUUUCCAUCGGUUUCCCUAUUGGAUCUGGUGACCGCUGAUGGAACGGAGGAGGAAGAAUAGAAGUAGAGGGAUUGGACACGGAAAGGAAGGGAAAUUCACUCGCACGUGUAUGGUAGUUUAUCAGAUGGAUGUUCUUAAUGAGGAGCCCUUCAUUACCUACUCCCACUAUCUCACAAGUCAAGAGGACGAGGACACAGGAGAGGAGAGGAAUCUCUGCAUCGUCAACAGAUCGUUGCGCUAGGGGCAAUUAUGUCAUUUAUUACCUGUUUCUCUAUGGGAUGUGGUUAUCACUGGAACGAAGGAGGAAGGAGUGAUGUCAAAGCGGUCAGCCCCAUCGGACACGGAAAAGAAAAGAAAAGAAAAGAAAAAAAAGAAAGGAAAGGAAGAAUUACACUCACGCGUUUAUAAUUGCAUUUGAAAUCGUGAUGUAUAGUAGUUUAUCAGUACUGCUCUGCUAUUCUUAACGAGCCCUUCAUUACCUAGUCCCACUGUCUCACAAGGUGGUGUUCUUAAGGUGCAAAUCACCAUUCACUAGUGAAACAAGCUUGCCUGCUUGGUUAUACCUCACCCCCACUAUCUGAGGACCAAAUUCUAGAGCUCGCAACUGUUUGCAGUCCUACCUUAGUGGAAAUGCUUUACUCAUACAUGGGCUUUUCAUGAUUUUUGGCUAGUUCAAUUGUUCAUUCACAUCACUAAAAUUAGUUUAGAUCAGUAUAAAAGUACAGGAGUUGGUUAUAGUAUUACUUGGUGAGGAGCAAUAACCCUUGGGGAAGAAAGAAGAGGUAAAAACAAAAGGAAAAAGAAGGUGAUUGGUCAGUUUUGCAAUACAUUCUCUACCGUAGGAUUGAUUACCACCUAUUUAGGGCUUCCGGAUCCAUUUAAUAAAAAUGGCUGCGAAUGAAGUCUCCAUUGAUGUUCAUGAUCACGGUAUGGCUCUUGAUGGGCAAAAGGGAAGAGUUAAAUGCAACUAUUGUGAUAAAGUUAUAAGCAGUGGCUUCAGCCGCCUUCGUUACCAUUUAGGAGGCAUAAGGGGAGAUGUAUCUCCUUGUAUGGAAGUUCCUGCAGUGGUGAAGGAACUAAUGAGAAACAAGCUCUUUGAAUCGAAAAGAGGAAACUUGAGCAAGGAAGUCGGGGAGCUCCGCCACCCAAACCUUCCUUGGAAGAGGAAUUGGUCUCCUUACUCGAAUGGUGAUGGUAAUACAUUGGAAACCACUCAAACAGUUGGAUGUGGGAGCAAAAAGCGGGCUAAGGAGAACUCUACAUCAAAAAACAGUGAGAGGGCAUCUGUUUCUUUUUCUGAGGGAAGAAUAGGUUCCCUAGCAGCUACCAAUGCAAUAGAAAGUCCGUUGUCACGGGAAGCUCAAAAAUGCAUUGGUAGAUUCUUCUGUGAAUCUGGCAUUAAUUUUCGUGUUGCGAAAUCUCUUAGCUUCCAGAAAAUGAUUAACGCCACUCUAGCUUGUGGUGAAGCUGGAUUUAAGAUCCCCACUUGUCAGGGGUUGAAAGGGUGGAUCCUUCAGGAAGAAGUAAAAGAGAUGCAGCAGUAUGUGAAGAAGAUCAGAGAUUCAUGGAAAAGCACUGGGUGCAGCGUUAUACUGGACGGAUGGAUCGAUGGGAAGGGUCAAGAUCUGAUCAAUGUUCUAGUUGAUUGCCCACAAGGACCUAUUUAUCUUCGUUCAUUUGAUAUCUCAUCCUAUGUGGGAAAUGUUGAUGCCUUCCAGUUGUUUCUUGAUGAAGUUAUUGGGGAGGUUGGGGUUGAGAAUGUGGUACAAAUAGUUACAUAUUCUGCAUCAGCCUGGAUGCAGGCUGCAGGCAAGGUUUUUAUGGAAAAACACAGGACAGUCUUCUGGACAGUCAGUGCAUCUCAUUGCAUAGCACUGAUGUUAGAGAAAAUUGGAGCUAUAGAUGUCAUUAAAGGGGUAUUGGAGAAGGCCAAAAUCAUUACAAAAUUCAUUUAUGGUCAUGCGGCAGUUUUAGAGCUUCUAAGAUAUCACACCGAUGGCUGUGACCUAAUUAAGCCCUCCAACAUUAAGUCAGCGAUGCCCUUCUUGACUAUAGAGAAUAUUGUGUCAGAAAAGGCAAACCUAAAGAAAAUGAUUGUUUCUUCUGAGUGGAAUACCUCAAUCUGGGCUGCUAGCAUGGAAGGGAAAAGAGUAGCUAAUUUAGUGGAGAGCAGCUCUUUCUGGUCUGGAGCCACUAUGGUUUUGAAGGCAACUAUCCCUCUGGUGCGUGCUUUGGAAUUAAUCAAUGGGGAUGAUGAGCCGAAACUUUGUUUAAUAUAUGAAACGAUGGAUCAGGUUAAGGAAACAAUUAAAGAGGAAUUUAGAAAGAAGGAAGCGAAGUACAUGCCGUUCUGGGAAGUAAUUGAUGAGAUUUGGAACCAGCAUCUCCACAGUCCUCUUCAUUGUGCCGGUUACUUUUUGAACCCAGUUCUUACUUAUUCAAGUGAUUUCUUCUUUGAUACUGAGGUUUUCAGUGGCCUAUCAUGCUCCAUUUUCCAUAUGGUGGAAGACAAACAUGUUCAGGAUCUGGUUUUGCUACAAAUUGAUGAGUAUCGAAAGGCUAAGGGUGCCUUUGGCGAGGGAAGUGCCAUUGACCAACGAUUGAAUGUUCCUCCAGCUGUUUGGUGGUCCUACUAUGGAGGAGAAUGUCCUGAACUGCAGAGACUGGCCAUUCGAGUUCAAAGCCAGACGUGCGAUGGUGCUUCAAAGUAUGGGCUCAAGAGGACAUUGGCCGAGAAGCUGCUCACAAAAGGAAGGAAUCGUAUCGAGCAAGAACGAUUGACUGAUCUGACAUUUGUUCAGUAUAAUAUGCAGUUGCGGAACUUCAAGUUGGGUCAUACUGAUGGCACAGUGAAUGAAGAAAUGGACCCAAUGGAUGAUUGGCCUGUGGAUGAAGCAGCGUGGAUGGACGUGGAUUGUGGAGAUGCAACUGCCGAUGGAGGGGCUAUUAAUGGAGAAGGACCUUCUACUUCUCAUCCAUAACAGGAGGACCCAGGUGAGUAGAUAUCUUAAAAUGAAAGUGGAAAAAGAAGAGGAUCAGACAGUUUGGGAGAUCAGAUUUAAAUUUUCUAGGGUUCUUGGACUGGCCUUGUUUGGCACAAAGGUAGAUCAAGAGCUUCUGUCACCACAGAUUUGGCCAUUCUUGACAAACUCCUACUUUUAUUCAUUUGUCUGCUAUAUGUCAUAAUUGAAUGGGAAAUAUUGGUUCUGUGAACAAUUGGUUUUGCAAUUUUGCACUGAGGUUUGGGCUUGGAGUUCAGAAUUUGCUGGUUACUUUUGCAUGAAGGGGUUUAUAUAAAUUUGUUCUAGUUAUGCAAUGUCCAUGAGGCAUUCAAGGAUCAGAUGAUGUUCUGACUACCUAGUAUGUGUUCACAAAGGUGAUUACAGUUUUUGUGUUGUUGGAAAUACCUACAGCUUUAUUUUUAUUUAUUUAUUUUUGGUACUGAUAAAAAUUGUGAUUUUUAGAUUGUAAUAAAUCUUCGAUAACACCUGCAGAAUUGGGUCGAAUAGCUUGUUUUGAUCCAGAAGGAUUGAUCUUGAUAUAUUCUUUUGGUAGAAA